UAUUUUUUUAAGUAUCAAGCCUUAAUAGCACAAAGAUUCCCAUGGAAGCUGCCCGAAAGGUGGAAAUCAUGAACUUUUUGUGAAGAAAGAACAAAGGGAGAAUUUGCAGGGCCUUGUCUUGCAUAAAUGAACAGUUCAGUGGGGAAAAGAUGAGUUCUCUGGUGCCUGAUUGUACCUCAAAGUGUCGUUCAUUACAGCAUGCUUUAGAUAUUGUGUCCGUAGUGACCCAGGGAAGUGAAGGUCAGAUCAAAGCCUUCCUCACUUCUCACUGCUAUAAUGCCGCAACAAGCAAGGAUAUGUUUGGCAGGAAUGCCCUCCAUAUUGCCUCCUCCUGUGGUAAAAAAGGAGUGCUAGACUGGCUGGCAGAAACAAACGGAGUGGAUUUGUUGGCAAAAGACAAGGAGUCGGGAUGGACAGCUUUGCAUCGUGGCAUUUUCUAUGGUCACAUAGAUUGUGCAUGGUCAUUACUAAAGCAUGGUGUGAACUUGUAUGCUCAGGAUAAAGAAGGCUUGUCUGCUUUGGAUCUAGUUAUGAAAGACAGGCCAGCCUUCGUUACCUUCAAGAAUACAGAUCCCACAGAUGUCUACACUUGGGGAAUCAACAUCAAUUUUACUUUAGGCCAUGGUGGUCAGCAGAGUAGACAUCAUCCUGAGUUGGUGGAUCUCUUUCCUCGAAAUGGGAUUUAUAUUAAACAGGUGGUACUCUGCAAAUUUCAUUCUGUGUUCCUUUCCCAGAAAGGACAGGUUUACACCUGUGGGCAUGGUCAAGGAGGUCGCUUGGGGCAUGGUGACGAACAGACUUGCUUGAUUCCUAGACUGGUAGAAAGCUUGGUGGCUCAUCAGUGUUCUCAAGUGGCAGCAGCUAAAGAUCAUACGCUUGUACUAACAGAAGAUGGGUGCCUCUAUGCCUUUGGCAUCAAUACUUUUCAUCAACUUGGUAUACAUCCUCCUCUUCCUAACUGCAGUGUUCCCAGACAGGUGCAAGCAAAAAAUCUUAAGGGAAGGACAGUGAUUGGUGUGGCUGCAGGGAGAUUCCAUUCAGUAUUAUGGACCAAAGAAGCAGUCUAUACAAUGGGACUGAAUGGUGGACAAUUAGGAUACUUGCUAGAUCCUAAUGGAGAGAAGUGUGUAACUUCUCCUCGCCAAGUCUCUGCUCUACAUCAUAAGGACAUCAAUAUGUCCUUUGUCACUGCAAGUGAUGGUGCCACAGUUUGUGUUACUGAAAAAGGAGACAUCUAUUUGCUUAGUGACUAUCAGUGCAAGAAGAUUGCUUCCAAGCAACUAAACCUAAAAAAGGUUCUUGUAAGCGGAGGACAUUUGGAUUACAGAGUGAAUCCUCAACAUCUUAAAGAAAAUGGAGGGCUGAGGAUUUAUAUUCUUGCACUGGAUCAAGCUGGAAGAGUGUUGUGCUGGAAAUCUGCCAACAGUUCAAUGAAGCAGUGCCGGUGGAUCUAUGGCCGCCAAGUGUAUAUGUCUGAUAUUUUUCUAAAUAGGAAUGAAAUUAUGUUUGUUACACGGGAUGGUGAAGCUUUUAAGGGAAAAUGGAUGGAUGGGAACAGACCUUCAGAAAAGAAAGGUCAGUUAAACUCCAAUGUGUUACUUUUGACAAAACUGAAGCCUAUGAGAUAUCACUUGAAGAAUUCUGAAGAGACAUUUCGUAGUGCAGAUAAGCAAGAACCUUGCCUCGUUCACAAAUGUGGACUGAAGAUGUUUGCACUCUGGCUAGAUGGAAUCAGGAUAGAAAAUGGAAGAGUUAAUGUUGUGAACAGAAAAAAUGGCAACAAACCAAAGUUCAGUCCGAAAAAAUGUUCACACCUUUGUGAUGUGACUAUCAAGUCUAAAGAUGGAAAGGAAUUCCCAUGCCACAAAUGUGUGCUCUGUGCCAGACUUGACUACUUUCACAGUAUGCUGAGCAACUCUUGGAUUGAGGCAACAUGUUGUGCAUCUCUAGAGUUGCCGUUCCCAACUGAAAUCCUGCAGGUCAUCCUGGAUUAUAUUUACACAGAUGAAGCUGUUGCAGUAAAUGAAUCUCAAAAUGUGGAAUUCAUCUGCAAUGUUCUUGUGGUGGCAGACCAGCUCCUUAUGUUACGGUUAAAAGAAAUUUGUGAAGUAGCCAUUACAGAGAAAUUGACUUUAAAGAAUACUGCUGAGCUCCUGGAAUUUUCAGCCACAUAUAAUGCUGAACAGCUAAAACAGUCCUGCUUGCAGUUCAUUGUGUUAAACAUGGCAGCCAUGCUUGAAACACGAGUUCUGGAUGUUUUAAGUGAUGAAGUUUUGAAAGAUCUUUCUAUCUCUUACAGAAAAAUGAUUCCUGCUAUGGAGCGCAGGGUAAUUACUCCAUACCAAGAUGGUCCUGAUAUUAGUUCUCUGGAGCCUGAGGAAGGAGAAACCUUUGUCUUCCUAAAAGAGGAGCGGAACACAGAGCAAGCUUUGCAAGAAGCACUCCUCAAGAAAGCUAAAGCAAAGGCUAAAAAGAAACCUCGAAGACGUUCCGACAGUUCAGGAGGGUAUAAUCUGUCAGAUAUUAUACAGAAUCCACCUACAGUUCAUGCAGGAAUAUUGAAACUGGAUAAAGCUAAUUCUAUUGAAUCCCUUCCCGAAAUGCUGACAUCUGAUUCUGAAGGCAGUUCUGUGGGAGUGAACAGUCCCAGAGAUUUGCAGUCUCCUGAUUUCACAGCAGGUCUCCCUACAGAUAAAACUGAGGUGAAAGAGAAAAUGGGUAUUUCAAAUACGUUCGUUUCUCCUGCCAAUAAAGAAAUAAAAAUCUGUCAUGGAUCAUCAGUGCAAAAACGUUCUCCUCCACAGAGUGUUCCUAGUAACAAAAGCACCUAUGUGAGUCCUUCCAACUGGGUUGCCGGCUCUUUUAGUCCUGCCAGUCCUCCUGCUGUUGAUUUAAGAACUAUUAUGGAAAGUGAAGAAAAUUUGCAGAAAUGUGAAGGCAUGCCAAAAAUAAAUUCAUGUAGAGCCACUUCUCAUGGAAAUAAACUUUCUCAGAAGCAAAAGAAACUGAUGGCUCUGGCUGCUAAGGAUAACAACCCAGAGAUUGUGCCAGAUGCAGUUGUGCUAUCUACAGCUCCCAAAACUACAAAACCAGCGACUGUGUGGGCUUCCUCACUGCAUUCUGCUUUGCCAAAACCAUUCAGAGAUCUUCUGUUAGAAGAGAAAAAAGUAGUUGGUGCCAAUUGUGCUAAAGUGAUGGAGAAUGUACCAGCUCAAAAAUGUUUGAGGUACGCAAAUACCAUUGCUCUUGGAGCAGAAAGUGAUUAUUCUUGUGAACCAACACCGUCAGAAAAUCAGAAUCCUUGGUUAGCAUCACCCUUAAACCCGGCUGCAGCAUUGCCUAUGACAUUUGCAGAAAUUGUAGAAGAAGAACUUCAGCAAGAAGCUGCUCUUAUACGAAGUAGAGAAAAACCUUUAGCUUUGAUCCAGAUUGAAGAACGCGCUAUUCAGGAUUUGUUAAUCCACUACCAAGCAGUUGGCAACCCUGAUGAAUUUGUUGUUGUUGAAAGGUCUCCACAGGGGCCAAUUGCAGCUCCUAUGUGGAAUAAGCAUUGAUGCCCUCAUUUUUUUAAAAAAAAUUCUGCUGUUCAUAAAUGUGAGGUUAUUUGUUGUUUGCAUGGACAUGCUGAUUCUAAAGUAAGAAUGAGGAUAGUAAGAUAAUGUCACCGCUUUUCAGUACAGUAUCUGUUUUGAAAUGUGCAAUUUCUUUAUCAAAUUGCUGUACUAGAUUGUGCUCAUUUACCCAGAUGCUUUUUACUCACUAUUUGGAGUUGAAAAAUAUUACAUAGGGUUAAAGUACGCAGGUCAUAUAAUUAAUUGUCAAUAAUAAGUACCAUAUUUCCAGUUGGCAGCAAUUGAUUUCUCACACUCAUGCAUACCUGUGAAAUGAAUAGGACUAAAAAUGACCAACAUGGAUUUCAGAUCAUUUAAAAACGCUUUUGUAUGUAAAAGGAAGAAAAAUAGUGGUGUUAUAGAAACGGGUAUUUGAUGUCUGUAUUUUUGUGGAAUUAUAGUCUUUGUUUUACUCAACAGUGCUCUUAACUCCAUGCCUUACAGGGAUGCAAGCGCUUACAUAGUUAUAAGAAUGUUGGUGUUGAUGAUGAUAUUACUUACUACUAGUAUUGUUAUUACUAUUAUUACUAAUUUCUUCUGAAGCUAAUUUUCAGAUGAGGUCCUGCAAGAAGAGUGUAUCCAAAUGGGAUCUGAUAAAUACACAUGUUAACUUAAAAAAAAAAAACCUUUCAGGAAAGAUGCAAGCUACGCAUUAAAGCUUGAAAGGAAAUGGGACAACUUAGUUCAGCAUUUUUCAGUCUCAAAUAACUUUUAGAUGUUUGGGCUUCAGUUCCCAGAAUUAUCAAGCCAGCACAGGGAAUUCUGGGACUUGAAGUCCACACAUUUUAAAAGUUACUGAUAUUGAGAAGCACUGACAUAGAUCUAUGCCUAAUACUGGGUCUUCAGAGCCCUGAUUGCGGUUUCGGUUUUGGUUGUUCAAAAGCCUUUCUGCAAAGUCUAGAAAAUGAUGUAAAUUAUGUCUGAAGUUGGGAGAAGGGCAGGAUGAUUUCUUUCCAUUAUUUCAGAUUCUUCCAUAGUCACCUGUGACCACAAUGGACUUCCCCUCCUGACCACUAAUGGUCCUUGGAAGAAAUAAUUUUUAUCCGUAAUCAUGUAUUUCUGUCUAAUGGUGUGUGAUUGAAGCAUAAAAAUAACUCUUGUCAACCAGAGCUGCAAUAAAGAGCGAAGAGCAAGUUCCAACAGGCAGCCUCAAAACAGCAGUUCUUACCUUCUGUGCCAGUGUGAGAAAUUCUGAGUGUGUUUUUUGUACUUAUGCAGGAUCCAAGCACAAUGGGUAAAAUGAAUUUAAUUUCAUUUGCAAUUAAAGAGUCAACCCUAAGAUUAGAAUUGAAGAAGCUCUUGAAUGCUCUUCUCAAGUGAUGUUUUUUUCCACAGGCUAUCUCUUCACGAGAUAUCUUCACAAAUAAUGGCUUUGACACGGAUCAGGCUUUCUGCAGAAAUCCUUUUUUCUUUGUGUGUAAAAAAGAAAAAGUUCAUUCUAGAUGCGCUUAUCUGGUUGCUUAUAAAAACUGUAUUGACAUGUAUUAUUUCUUCUAAGUAGUCCACUUUCCUCACCUAGUAUAGCUUUUUUUUCUUAUAUUAGUUUUUUUUUUUUAGUGUUCAGUUAAAAGGUCCACCUUUUCAAUAUGCCGUGGUGAACUUAAGUGGUGCAAAGUGCUUUGGAUUGGAAACAGUUGUUUCAGCCACAAAACCAGCUGAAAAAACAUUUUCUGAUGCUGAUCUUCUGAAAGUCCAAGCUCUGAGCUAUGUCAGUGUCAAAAUACUUCAGCUGAUGUUGAAAUGACUAUUGCAAACUCAAAAUGGGACAUUUCAGAUCUGAAUUAUUUUGGACACCACUAGGGUGUACUAGUGACAUAUUCUUAUUCAUCGUAACUUUCAUUAAUUUUCACACUUCCUUUCAAACACAAUAAAACUGUAGUUCAGUUGUGCAGUAUGGCGAUAGCUCUCUUUGGAAGGCUUGGCUACAACUGUCCCAAAGUGGAAAAUGGGCAGUUAGAACUUUGGGUAACUCUAAAGUCAUGAAUGGUACUUUGGGUUCAGAGUUAAUCACUAGAUUUCUAAGCACCAUGGAACUUGGUGUAAUGAUUACAAGUGAAUUGUAGUUCUGUCAUUAUUAAACCAUUCUAUCUAAGUGGUUCACAAGUGGGUAAAUAUCCAUUAUUUCAAGAUAAAACAUUUACUUAGCAUCAGAACAAUAAAGUGUGUUUUUUACAUUGACUGUAAAAUUCAAGAGUUGCAAGGCAUACUUUCCAAGUUAAUCUGUAGGUAAUUUAAAUACUUAUUCCCAGAAACUUCUCAUUAAAUGUAAGAUUCCCUAAGAAUGAUUCUAGAUGUAUUAAUUGAUUUUCCCUAUAAAUUGGACAAUUAGUUGCCUGUAGUAACCAAUAAUCCCUUAAAAAUUAUUGUCAGCCUUUUUUCAGCGUACAAACCGCAACACUUUUAUUUUAGAAAAUGCCCAAUUGUAAUUUUUCUGGUUGUCACAGUGUGAAAGCACUUUCAUGAAAAAAAAACCUGCUAUUUUUUUCCUCAAAAGGUAUACACUUUUUCAUAUCCACUUUGGAAAAUAAAAAUAUUAUUAUGCUUAAAAUCCUCUUCCAUCACCCAAUAAAGUACAUACAUUGUAUAGA